UUAAUUAAUGCAUGAACACGAUAAUAACACGUUAACUUGCCCAGCACUAAUUUAUAUUUAUGAACUGUUUUCGGGAUUACAGCCUGAUGUGAUUAUUUAUAUAAAAAUGAUUCAUUCAAGUUAUUGAAUGUUCUGAUCAGGUCAUCUACAUUACCACUAGUUACAGUUAUAAACACUAAUAUUUUGUUAGUUGGUAUAUCUGCUUCCAUUAGAUGAUAAAUAACUAAUGAUGCUCAUUAGGAUGCAUGUUUUCACUCUGCAUGUGUUGUAUAGACAUGGUCUGAUGGUGUGCCCAAUCUGUUGUAGGUGCGGUAGUACCAUGAAGGGUGGAGGAAGGGGCAAGGAGCCACCUGUUGCAGGGGAGGUCACUGGCAAGCGCCCCAAACGCAAGUGCCUGCAGUGGCACCCACUUCUCUCCAAAAAGGCUCUGGAUUUCUCUGAGGAGGAAGAAGAGGAGGAUGAAGAGGAGCUGGAGAAGCAGCCAGGGCUGUGUGGCCAGGACCAGGAGUCCCAGGUGCAGUGUGGCAGCACAACAGAGGAAGUGGAGGAGGACUCGAGUGAACAGCGAGCACGACGGCCGAUGAAUGCUUUCCUCCUCUUCUGCAAACGCCACCGCUCCCUGGUGCGGCAGGAACACCCGCGCUUGGAUAACCGCGGGGCCACCAAGAUCCUGGCUGACUGGUGGGCUGUGCUGGAGCCCAAAGAGAAGCAGAAAUACACUGACAUGGCCAAGGAGUACAAGGAUGCCUUUAUGAAGGCAAACCCGGGCUACAAGUGGUGUCCCACCACCAGCAAACCAGUUAACAGCCCUUCCUGUCAGCCAGUCGGCAACCCCCGCAAAAAAGUUUGGUCCUUCUCUUCCAACUCAUCCAAGGACUCCUCCACUGCCAAAAAAGUGCCCAAAACUGACAGCAUGCCACAGUUAAACUUUGCCAUGGCAGAUCCUACAAAGAUGGGAGGCCUUAGCAUGCUGCUGUUAGCUGGGGAACACGCCCUCACAAACAGAGAGAUCCCUUCCAGCACUAAACCUAGUUUACCUGACACAGCCAACAAAAGGAACUCCUGUCCAGGGGAUGAGGAAGAGGUUUGUUCUGAGACUUUACUUUUUACACCAGAUACUGGAGGUUGUGUUGUCUCUCUAAAGUAGGUCGCUGAUGUGGUCUGACUAGACAUCAGUGACCUGCUC